GUACGAUUCAAAAUCGUACGGGCCUCUGGGCUGAUUUCUAGGAAUUUGGCAUUCUCCCAGGAAGUUCUGGCCACAGUGUGACGGUUGACACGAGCUACGGUUCCCCAUAGUGGACCCAAAUCUGCGGCUAAAACCUGCUAAGAAGUCGCUCGGGAGGCGCGCUUAGCUUCAACGACCCAUCAUGGCGCUUGUCUGCUCGAGAGUGCUUCUCUCGUCCAAGCCGCGUCGCCUCGUCGCAUCCCUCCCCGCACUCCCCGCACCAUCCGCCGCUAAUCCCGCGAGGGUGGACGAUGAAGCGAAAUCACAGCCAUUCUGUAUGCGAGGCGCGGGUGAGCGCUCCCCCGCAGCCGCGCAACCCGCUGUGAGGCCCAGCGCGGUUGAACCAGCCGUUCCAGCGCACACCCCCGAGGGCCGCUUGAUUGGGGGCACUGGAUUCGGUCGGCGCACGCCCCUUAGGGUCGCGCGGUGGCGGACAUGGCGCAGAGGGGAGGCGGGGGCUGCAGGGGCUGCGGAGGCGAUGUGUUGUGGCGGACGGUGGGGUGCGGUGGGAUAUGGCAUGGUGGCGUAUGGUGGGGCUACGCCGCAUGUGAUGUGGGGGCGACCAUCAUGCCACAUGCUGUCCCUGUCUGCUGCACGCUUUGCGCCUUACGGCAUCGUGCCUGCUGUUGUGGGUGGUGGUGGUAGUAGCACUGCUGGCAGCAGCAGCAGCAGCAAUGGCGGCGAUAGCGAGACAGAGGUGUCCAAUCUCCAGCUGCGAAGCCAGCAGAGCAGGGAGACGAAGGAUGGGGAGGCAGCAAGGCACGGCAGUGUUGCAAGCCAUGGUGCUGGCGAGGAGAGAUUGCAAGCGGAGAAGGAGGAGGAGGAGGCGGAGAAGGAGCGGGCAUGGAUGCGGGAGGCAGUGGGGGAGGCACGGAGGGCAGCAGCAGAGGGGGAGGUGCCAGUGGGGGCAGUCAUGGUGCUGGGUGAUGACGUCAUAGUUGCCCGCGCUCACAACCUCAGCGAGGCCAGCAACGACCCCACGGCCCAUGCGGAGAUGCUCUGCAUCCGAGCUGCGUGCUCCCACCUCGCCCACUGGCGCCGCCUGCAGGAGUGCACGCUGUACGUGACGCUGGAGCCGUGCCCAAUGUGUGCGGGCGCCAUCCUGCAGGCGAGGGUUGGCCGCCUUGUGUGGGGCGCGCCCAACCCGCUGCUGGGGGCCGAUGGUAGCUGGGUCAGCCUUUUCCCCACACGCUCUACCGCGCGCCGCUCCUCCUCACAGCCCGUGCAGCCCGGAGGCCAUUCCAGGGGGGGCAGGUCAGGCCGGCGCCGGCGCAGAGGGACGAGGUGGAGGCGAGGCGACGAGGAGCAGGGCGGUGAGGAGGGGAGUGCAUUGGGUGCAUUGGCGGAGAGUGCGGAAGGGAUAGUGGAAGAGCCUGGGGAGGAAGGGGGUCCAUACGUUAUUCAGGAGAGAAAGGAUGGGAUGACGAGGAUCGAGGUGGUAAUGAAGAGCAACGACAGGGCAGGGGGAUGGGAGAGGGCACAAGGAGAGGAGUGUGUGGGAAGCAAAGGUGUGGAACGGGGCAAUGACAGUGCGGACGAUGGAAGUGGGGAUGAGAAGAGUACGGGGUGUGUGUGUGUGGAGCAUGGGAGGUGGGAAGAAGCAGGGGGGAACGAGCUGGUCAUGGAGGAGGAGGCGAGGGUGUGCGAUGACGCGAGUGUGGGCGAGGGAGGGCGCGUGCACCCAUUCCACCCCGAUGUGCGGGUGACAAGCGGGGUGCUGCAGGAGGAGUGUGCGCAGGUGAUGAGAGCGUUCUUCAGGGAGAGGCGCAGGCAGCAGGCAGACGCCAGGAGACAACACAAGGAAAGAGAAGGGGCUGCCGGAAUCUCUAGUGGUUUAGAACUGCUACCGUAAUCCCACCAAAAUUGAGCACCCAAAGGGUGUUCAAUUCGAGGGGGUGUUAUCCCACCCCCCACCGAGGGGGUGUUUCGAGGGGGUAUUUCAAACCGAUUUUUGAAAUUUACAUGACACUCUCUAAACUGAAUGAAUUGAUGACUAGAGAGAGAGUACAGGUGAAUAUACCUAAGUGUUGUAC